ACGCGUUUUAGCAUGGCGUAAACUUUUUUUGGUAGUAAAAUUCUACAAAAAGAAACAGUUUGUCUAAGAAACUAAAUUACACUAUCUCAUUUCAAGAUAAUUUUGCUAGAGAAACUUUGAGUCUUCAGAUGGGCUUCCAUUUUUUCUUUGUAAAAUGCAGUUGUUCAUGACAAGUUCUGCACUUGUGUAUGGCCAUCACUGAGUCUUUGAUGAAGGAAAGGAAGAUCUUUGUGACCAUGGCUACUAAACAGUCAUUUCAAAUUUAUAACCAGAAUGGUGUUUCCUCACCUCUGAGGUUUAACAUUGCUAAUGGAACUGCAAGCAUUAUUGAGAUGUCUAAUGGACAUAGUAAAGUCAAUGGUAAUAGCAGUCCCAGUGAAAAGGGGGAUUUUGAAGAUGAUGAGUUAACUAAUCUCACAUGGUUGCAGGACACGAAUUUAUUAAGAAAUAUUCAAAUGGGUACCUGUGGUGAAGCAGAAGAAGUCUUGCAUGACAGUCGAGCCAGCGAUCUCUUUGAAGAUGCUGCAGAGGAAGGAAGUGAUAAAGUAGAUGUCUCAACAGGAAACCCAUUCUCUAACAAGUCUACCUUCAGUGAACCCUACAAUCCUCAGGUUCAUAUAAAUGCCAAGCCUCCCUACUCCUUCAGUUGCCUUAUUUUCAUGGCCAUUGAGGAUUCUCCUGUCAAAGCACUUGCAGUCAAAGAUAUUUACUCUUGGAUUCUCUCUCACUUUCCAUACUUCCAACAUGCCCCUACAGGGUGGAAGAACUCGGUCCGUCAUAACUUGUCUCUGAACAAGUGUUUCAGUAAAGUUGAAAAGAUCAAAGGCCAGAAUAUAGGGAAAGGCUCCCUCUGGUGUAUUGAUCCCCAGUUCCGGCCUAACUUGCUUCAGGCCUUGAGGAAAUCCCCAUCUUCUUCAUUUUCACAUAUGCCAAGUUUGGACUACAUUAUGCGGUCAGAUGCAGAUAAUAACUGUGACAAGCCACUACCUUUGGCUCCAACUCAAUCAAAUAUCAACCUGCCUUCCCCUGAGCUCUUCCCAUAUUUGUCCAAAAGAUUAAAUGCUUCCACUGUGAAAGAUCCUGAGGUAGAUGCUGCGGCCACUAUGUUGGCAUUGAAAAAUGGUCCUUCUGUACGGAGUAUGCAUAGUAAGUGUAAUUUUUUAAUGUAUAGUGAAAUGAACACCAUUAUUCUCAGUUUGUUAGAGAAUGUCAGCAUUGUUGUAUUAGCUGUCUUUAAAACAUCUUUAUUCCAAGGAACAUCAAUGCAGACAAAUGUAAUCAGUGGUAUCCAGUCGAAGUACCAUCACAAUGAGACACCAGUGGUUACAAAUAGUCCCAGUGAAGACCACAACUACAGUGCCUCUCUUGCAUCUUAUGGUGAGAAUCGACCCUCUAGUGUGUCACCAGCUUCUCUCAGAAUUGAUAUCUCGGAUGGCAGUGACGUGGAGGAUGAGAGUUCUGACAGUAGCAGUGAAAGUAGCCAAGAACCCACUAGAGGGACGUUGAACCGGAAGGCAAGGAUCCGUAGUGACUGUGCAGAAAAAAGGCCUUUAAAUGGUUUGUCUAGGAAACGGAUGAAAAUUAAAUCAACUGAUACUGAAGAUGAACAGACUCUUGCUGAAGGAGCCCAUGCUUUGUUGAAUUUUGUGAAAAUUGCCACUAGUAAAAGAUACAUCUUCCAACCUAGCAAUGAUGUUGCAGAGAAUGCGUUAUCCGACAGAUAG